AUGUCAGGAUUUCUAUCUUCCACAGCGACGCUGCUGGGACGUACGAUCCUCUCGCCAGUCGCACCACACUCUCUGUUCGCAGUCAACGUCGAAUACUACAAACCGCCUACAACCGCUGCUGCCUCAUCCACCGAGAACUCACCUAGCAUCGAGACCCUUCUCGCCGCAACAGAAACACUCAACCCUGCCAAGAACCCUAGCUUCAAGCCUACGCCUUGGCUGUCCACGGGUCACCUCCAGACAAUCUACUCCGCUGUCGGAAACUUCAGUCACAUCGAUGCGGUUGAAUACAAGCGUCGCGUCUUCGUCACUCCCGACGGCGGCACUGUCGGUCUCGACAUCUCUCCUCCGUCCCUGGCGGAUAGCGAAGAGCAGCUCAAAGCGCAGCAACACCCAGCAGCCGAUGGACUUCCCACAGUGGUCUGUUUGCACGGCUUGACAGGUGGCUCGCACGAAAGCUAUGUCCGCAACUGCUUCUCGCACCUCACCAAGUCUGCAGACCAAGGUGGGCUAGGCUACCGCGGAAUUGUAGUCAACUUCCGUGGCUGUGCCAAUGUGCCCGUCACCUCACCGCAGCUCUACUCUGCACUGAAGAUCGCCGAUAUUCGCUCAGCCCUACUUCUCAUCACCAAGCUCUACCCCAACUCACCACUUGUCGGGAUCGGCUUUUCUCUCGGUGCCAACGUUCUCGGUCGCUACUUAGCCGAGGAAGGAAACUCUACCCCUCUCCUCGGUGGGAUCAUCGUCGGCACACCAUUCGAUCUCAAAGCUGGCGCCGACGAGCUUGACUAUGGCGGCUUCCUCUCUCAGAAGUACUCCAUUGCUAUGGGCCACAACCUUCAACGAAUGGCUCGCAAACACAAGGACACCCUUGCACUCCACCCUCCCUUCCGUGCUCCCCUCGACGACGUUUACGAUCCUGCACCGCAGUUUAAAACUGAACUCGAGCUUUACAAGCAACAGGUAAAGAACCAUGGACCUGCACCUGGCGAGAGAGCAGUCAUCAAGAACGGCACUCUCAAGGCAGCGGACCAAUCCAUGACGCGUUUCGUUGGUGGUCUGCCGAAACCAUACGGAGAGUUCCCAUUCGACAGUGCGGAGGACUACUACAACUACGGAGGAUGUGCCAAGGUGAUUGGUAAGGUGGAGCGGCCGAUGUUGUGUUUAUCGGCGGAGGACGAUCCCAUCGUGCCGAGUAAGAUCUGGGAGAAGAUCCGUGCUGCUAUUGGUCGAGAGGCUGAUGGAACACCAGUGGAGGAAGCAAAGGAGGGAGAGUACAACGAGAACGUCGUGCUGGCUUGGACGAAGGGUGGAGGCCAUUUGGGUUGGUUUGAAGGACUUAGGCCGCGAAGAUGGCUGUACAGGCCAACGUCAGAGUUCAUCAAAGCCUUGUUCGAGAAAACGACCGACGAGCAGAAGGCAAGAAUCAAAGCAAAGAGCAGGUGGGCAUUAGAAAAGGUAGAGAUGACGGAAGUAGAGAUCGAGUUGAUUCCCAAGGAAGCGCUGCCGGUUUACAUACUGCCUGGCGAAGGUGGCAGGUCGUCUCGCUGGUCUGACUUGCCAUCCUCCCCAUCUCCCGAGCAGGAUGGAAAGAGCGCUCCUAGUGGCGCGGACUCGCCGGGUCGCGUCACAGACUUGGAUCGAGACCUCCAGAGCAACAAAGCUGGCGCAGAGGACAGUUUGCUCAAUCCCUCCGAUACCGGCUUCUCCGCCAACUCGCCCCCUUCCGCCACAUCUGAGAUCAACAAUGCCACGACUGGACACUCCACCCUCCGAAUGCCAUGGUUACUAACCCACGUUCUUAAGGAAGCACCUCUCGUCCACCCUCGCCAAGCCUCUUACGCUCCUUACCACGAGCCUUGCUCCUCUGCCACUCUCGAAGAGCGCAAAAGGCUCGGAUGGGAGAAGGUCAAGCUCACAAUGUACACGGAUGUGGAUCACCCCGAAGUGGGAUUUUGCGAGCUUUCACCCGACUCAAGGGUCGCUGGUGUUGGCGAGACUUUCAAAGGAGGAGUCGAGACACCGGGUGGAAAGAGGGAGCCGAAAGAAGCAUCUGCGCAGGGAAGUAAGAAUGUCAUCGCUGGUCUCUAG